AUGGCAGGGUGUAAAUGUGAGGAGAGCAUAACGACGUAUGGCGAGGCACGGUUUAAUGGGCGGAGGAAGCAUAAGCUGGAUCAUAUGCAAGAUAUUGCAUAUAUGCCUCAGCAUGAGAAUCUGGAAACAAUUUCUGAGAUGACGGGAAGGGAUUUUAUUGCUUUGUCUAUUAAGAAGAGCAUAACGGAAGAGAAUCGCAAUGGGGAAACGGAUGAAGAGAUUUCGAAUGACAUAAUCAAAGUAUGUGGACUAGGCAGGUUUGUAGACCGGCCUCUCAGGAAAUUGUCUGGAGGGCAGCGGCAAAGGAUCAGGAUUGCAGAGGUGCUUGUGCGACGGAUGCCGUAUACAUUCCUUGACGAGUCGACCACUGGAUUGGAUGCAAACACAGCGCCUGCUAUUAUUGACUCGAUUAAGAGGUAUGCGAAGAAGCACAACCUGGGAGUAGUGGUAUCUAUACAUCAGCUGUCGAAUAGUAUAGUAUGUGCAAAGCAUUUGACAAUGUUUUUAUUAUGA